AUGUCUGUACACUAUAAAUUUAAAUCCACUUUGGAUUAUGAUACUGUGUCCUUUGAUGGAUUACAUAUUUCGGUAGCAGAUUUGAAGAAAGCUAUUUUUCAUCAAAAACGUAUAGGAAAGAACACUGAUUUUGAUCUACAAAUAACAAAUGCACAAACUAAGGAAGAUUAUACAGAUGAUAAUGCAUUAAUUGCAAAAAAUACUAGCCUUAUUGUUGCUAGAGUUCCAUUAACAGUUCAACAAAAGCGAUCUUGGGAUAGAAAUGAAGCUCCUUCAUUUAGUAACUUAAAAGAUGAAUCCAAUUUAGGCAGAGCUGUAGAUCUUACAAGGCUUGAUGGCUCUGAAGAAGAUAAGAUUCGAGCAAUGAUGACUCAAUCAACACAAGAUUAUGAUCCAUCAAAUUAUAUGAAAAUACGUGGAGCCAAUCAAACCGGUGAUGUACCUGCAAAUUAUCGUUGUUAUAAAUGUCAUCAGCCUGGACACUGGAUUAAAAAUUGUCCGCUUGGAACAAACCAAGAACCCAUAGAAAUUAAGAAAAGUACAGGUAUUCCUCGGAGUUUUAUGGAACGUCCACCAUUUUCACAAGAUCCAGAACCUGCUAUAGAAAAGCCAGAAAUUCCAGAGGAUUUAUUGUGCAAUAUUUGCAAAGAUCUUCUAACAGAUGCAGUAAUGAUACCAUGUUGUGGGAAUUCAUUUUGUGAUGAAUGUAUUCGGACAUUCUUAUUAGAAUCUGAAGAACACGAAUGUCCAGAUUGUAACGAGAAAGAUGUUUCACCAGAGACUCUUAUUCCUAAUCGUUUCUUGCGAAAUGCUGUAAUGAAUUUUAAAAAUGAGACUGGGUAUGCUAAAAGGCAAACAUAUAGACAACCUCUACAAACAAACAGACAGUCUAUAGUACAAUUAGAACAACAAAAAGCUGACCAAGCAACAAAUCAGAUACCGAACCAAAGUAAAUCUGUUCAAUCUUCAAGUGCAACUAAUGUAUCCUCUCAAGAAUAUACAGAAUCACAAGCAACAAACUUUGAAUCUGUUCAACAGCAAUUACCAGUUAGAGUUGCACAACCUCAAACUACAACUCUUCCUGAAACAACAUCAGAAUCUGAUUUGCAAAGUGAUUCUGUGACAAAGUUAACAACAGAUGAGGAAACAGAAGUUCCACCACCUCCAGGAACUGAACCAUUACUUCCAAUACCUGCAAUUGGGAGUUCACCAGAAAGAGAUAGGGAAAUAAGUGAUCCUCCAAGUCGUGAAAAGAAAGAACGUGAAAAUGAAUAUCCAGGAGAAAGACAAUCAAGAGAACGUAGACGAAGUUUCAGCAGGGACGGACAUCGUGAUAGAAGUGGAGAACGUGGUCGUAGAAUGGAAAAUUUACGGCCUGUAAGUCGAAGACGAUCCUUAUCUCCUAGACAUUCACAACAUAGUGACUAUAGUUCUCAAGGAGCACCUUUGCCACAUUUAAUGAACCCUCCACCAUCAAAAAAUUAUCAAGGGUUGUCAUCUGAUGAUGGACAUUAUCCACCUAAUAUACAUUAUGAUAAUGCUAUACGCAGAUCAACUGAAGAUCGUCCGGGCACUCCAACAGUUGAUGAACCACAUUUACAUGUGCCUUCUUCUGGUAAUCAGCCACCUCUUUUACCUUUUCCACCAGGAGAAGAUCGUAUCCCUCAGCCAAGUUAUAAUCAACCUCCACCUAAUGUACCCCCACAUAAUCCACCUUUAUUGCCGGAUCCAUAUAUGAGUCAUCGAAUACCUAUGUACCCUCAUCAGCAAGGCUCCCAUUAUGGACCUCCACGAUAUGAAAGACCUCCUUAUCAACAACAAGGAUACAGACCAUCACAACCACCUCGAAAUUAUAAUGGGCCACCAAGGCCAAUUCGAGGAUUACAUCAUCUUAGUUAUAGAGGAUUACAACCACCACCACCAGGAUUAGGUAGAAAUAUUCAUAAUGGCAAUCCACCUGGUAUAAUCGAUGAUCCACUAGAAGCUUUUGAACGAAUGCUUAGAGAAAAAGAUGAACGAGAUAGAAGACUUGGAAAACAUAGAAGAAGGAGUAGAACACGAUCAAGAUCCCGUAGUUAUAGUAGAUCUAGAUCACGUUCGUUUGGUCGUAGAUCACCAUUUCCACCUCGUUUAAGUCGAUCUAGGAGUCCUCCUUCAAAACGAAGGUCUUCAAGAUCACCUCUACCUCUUAGAGCACGAAGUCGUACUCCAAAACGUAGAUCAAGAAGUGGAAGUUUCUCAAUUAGUAGGUCUAGAUCUUAUUCACGUAGUCAGUCUCCUAGACUAUCAUUGUCACGAGAUAGAGACAGGGAUAGAGACAGAGAAAGAGACAGAGAAAGAGAUCGAGAUCGAGAUCGAGAUCGAGACCGUGAUCGUGAUCGUGAUCGUGAUCGCGAUCGUGAUAGAGAUCGAGAUCGUGACCGUGAUCGAGAUCGAGAUCGAGAUCGUGAUCGCGAUCGUGACCGUGAUCGCGAUCGUGAACGGGACCGUGAACGUGAACGCGAACGUGAGCGUGAACGUGAGCGGGAACGUGAACGAGAUCGUGAACGUGAUCGUGAACGUGAUAGAGAAUUACUUCCUAGAUAUCGAUCACCAGCUAGAUCACCUCCAAGAUUCCAAAGAGAGAGGGAUCGUGAUAGAGAUCGACCAAGAUCACGUGAACCUAGAGAAGGAUACAAUAGUUACUACAAUGAUUCACCGGCACAUGAUUAUCAAUUCAGAGAUCGAGAGAGGGAUUUACCCCCUCGAGAUAGACCAAUGCCGAGAUAUCCAGUAAGGAACCAAGCAGCUCAGCAUAAUAUACCACCUUUGCUGCCACAUCUAGUCACUGGAAGUCAUCCACCACCACUUAUGUCAUUGGGACCUCCACCUACGGACAGGAAAGACUAUUAUGAUUCCUACAACAGCAGAUAUCCUGGACCAUCUAGCCAACGGUUUGGUAGUCCUUUACGAGAUGUGCCUCAUAAAAGAUUUGACGAUGUUGCACCACCUGGAACAGAGGGCUAUUAUGACCUUUCACCACCAGGUGUAGAGCUUUCUGAAAGGUCUUUACGGGACGAUCGAGAUCGACGUUUAUUAAGAGAUCAAGAAGAUCGUGAGCAUUCUCUUAAAGAUCAUGAUACUGAAGAUCGAGAUAGAUUACCAUUAAGAGAAGACAGGGGACGUGAACGUGAUGACCGUUUACGUGAAAGAGAUGAAAGAGAUAGAAGAAUUUUGAACAGAGAUCGCGAUGAUCGUGAAAGGCAAGGAUUAUCUAGAGAUCAUGAUGACAGAGUACGAGAAAAAGAUGAUCGUGAUCGAAGGGAAAAAGAAAAGGAACGGGAUGAUAGACAUACUCGGGAUCGACGAGAAGAUGAUAGGCAUCUCGAUAAAAAAGAUUACGACAAAGAUCGUUACAGAGAUGAAAGAGACCGUCACAAACAAGAUGAUAAAAAUCGUUCUCGUGAAAAAGAUAGGCGUGAACGAGAUUACGAAUCUGAAAAGGACAGGGAUCGACAUGAACGUUAUGAAAGACGUUCAGUGGAAAGAAAAAAGAAUAGAAAAAGUCCAACACCUUAUUCACAGAAAUCUAGGGUAGAUACAAAGGAUCUAUCACCUGAACGUAUAAAGAAGAAGGAGAAAGAUCAUGAAGAAAAGAAUGAGGAGAAGAAGAAAGAGAAGAAAAUUAAAGAAAAGAAAAAGAAAAAAGAUGAUGAAAAGGAAAAGAAAAAGAAAAAGAAAAAAGAAAAGAAAUCAGGCCAAAAAGAAAUUGCAAAAGAUGAACCUACUAAAUCAGCAGAACAUGAAGAAUUAAUAGUGGAUAAUAAACAAGAAAGCAUGUCUCCCACAAAAACUGACAUUAUAAAACCUAGUAAUGAAGAUGAAAAUAUUGAUAGUAGAAUAGUUUGCAUUCCUCCUGAAAAUGCAAUAGAAGAAUCAAUUAAAGAAGAAUUUGAAGAUAAAUCUUUAGCCAUGAAUCCAGAGCCUCCAGAAUUUAAUGAGACAAGUCCAGAAAGAAUUGAUCAUACAGAAUUUGGAACAAAUCCUCCUAAUCCUAAUUUCAAGCCAAUUCCAGAAUUAAAAUCUGAAAUCAAGCCUAUUGAUAGUCUUUAUAGCGGAUUAGAUGAUGCCGAAAUAAAUACUGUCAUUACAGAAAAGUAUUCUUUGCUUUCGGAAAAUGAAACAGAAGAUAAAACUACUUUGCUAGAAGAAAAGUCUCCUAAAAAAGAUGAAUUUUUAGCUCCAAUGCCUGAACUUUCUAAAUGGGAAAGGGAUGAUACUACUGAGAAAACAGACGAUGUGUGCGAAUCUCCUAUAGAAAAAAUACAAAUGGAUGAACCUAAAUCCACAAAAGUAGUUACAUCUGAGGUACUAAAAAGAGCUGAAAAUGCAAUUUUCCAAAAAGCCAUUAAUGCCAUUAGACCUAUUGAAAUUAAAAAGAUAAGUGAAAGUAGAAAAGUAUUAUAUCAGAAUCCAGAGCCUAAAGUACUUGAAGUUGAACCUAAUAGAGAACCAAGGAAAAGUGUCAAUGUUACCAUAAAUGUAGGAAGAAAUGAAAGAAAUGUUGAAAUUACAGAACCAGUGAAGAAAGCUAAAUUAGAUAGAACAAAAUUUAAGCCAGUGCCAGAAACUUAUUCACCUACGAGACUUUCUGCCAAAGAAAGAUUGGGCGAGAAAGUGGAUGAAAAUAAAGAAAGGAAAAUUAGCCCCAUGAAAAGCUUUUUAGAUAGACGCGAAACAAAAAGUGAAAAUCAAUCUAGAAGUCGAUCUCCUCGAAGCACAAGAGAUAAACGAAUUUCUCCACUGUUAGAUAGACGCGUUGAUUCAUCAUUAUCCAUAUCAGGAAGCGAACGUAAAGUAUUUCUUGAUGAUAGAAAACGAGAUAAUAAAGAUCGAGGUGAUCGUUCAAAGGAAAGAAAUGACUUCAGAAGUGAACGACAUGAUAUGAGAUCAGAAAGGGAUCCAAGAGUCGAUUCUAGAGGGGAUUUUAGGUCAACUCGUAACGAUUCUAAAGGAGAAAGAAUGGAUAAAGAUAGAGAUAAAGAUAGAGAUAAAGAAAGAAGGGGAAGAACACCAUCUUGUACAUUCAAAAGGAGUGAUAUUCCAAAAAUAGGUCUUUUAAAGGGUAGAGACGAAGAAGAUGAGAGACGCAGAGAUAAGAAAACAAAAGAAGACAAGAAAAGAAAGAAAGAGCAUAGAAGUAGAAGUAAAUCCAAAGAACACAAGAAACGGAAAGAAAAGAAACAUAAGAAAGAUAAAGAUAAAAACUUAGAGAAAAAACAGAAACACAAAGAAAAUGUAGUUUUAAAGGAUAAACCUGAAAGCAAUGAAACUAAAAUAAAUUAUGAAAAUCCCGAACCUCCGGUUACAGAAUCUGUAAAGAAACAAAGGAAGAAUCCAAGACUUGUAUCCGAUCGUAAACGUAGUAUACUCGAUGAAGCUAGUUUUGAGCCUGAUUAUAGUGCUUCGGAUUCAGAAUCAGAUGGUGAAGAUGGUAAAGUAGUACCAUUACCUGCCAAGAAACUUAAACUUGAUGAGCCAGAUAUAGACAAGGAAAUGGACAUAAAAUCACUUAAAAAGCGAUCGAAAUCCACAAGUAGCGAAGAUUCAUCUAGUAGCUCUGAUAGUUCAACUACCGAUUCUGAUAGUUCAGAUGAGUCACAUAAAAAGAAAAAGAAAAAGCAUAAGAAACAUAAGAAAAAGAAGUCUAUGAAGAAAGAUAGUAGUUCUGAUUCAGAUUCUUAUUCAGAUUCGUCGGAAACAAGUAGUGAUGAAGAAAAACACAAAAAGAAAUCAAAAAAAUCAAAGAGUAGAAAUAAACAAACAAAAAAGAAGAAGAAAUCAAAGCACAAAUGA